UGAUUUCAGCAGAUGAAGCUGCGACGCAGUUGGAGCAGCUGAUUCAAAGAUGGUGGGUGUUUCUGGUUCAUGUCUCUGAAUGACUGAAGUCCAGAAGAUGGAUGAUUGUGUGGAGGAAGAGGAGGAGAGACCAGAGUCUCCAGGAUCCAUCAGUGUCUCUAUGAAGAGUGACUGGUCCAAAGAUGAACCUCCAUACUUCAGUGAAGAACCUGGACCUUCAGACACAAAAGGUCGGUACUGCAGUCAGAGACCAGAGUCUCCAGGAUCCAUCUGUCCGUCUAUGAAGAGUGACCGGUCCAUCGAACUCCCUUUAGAGUUCAGUAAAGAACCCGGACCUUCAGACACAAGGUUCUUCAGAAAGAGCUCAUACCAGUCGGCUUCAUCGGAAAAUCUGGGAUCCAGAGCAAGCUCUCCACAAGCAGAUGCUGGUCUGCAGCAGGUCCUAGAUGAACAUAAGACCAGUCUGAGGAGCAGAUGUGAACAUGUGACUGAAGGAACUGAUGAACCAGGAAGUAGAACCCCCCUCAACAGGAUCUACACGGAGCUCUUCAUCACAGAGGGACUGAGGGAAGAGGUUGAUACCCAACAUGAGGUGAGGCAGCUGGAGACAGCUUCCAGGAUGAAGAGCCUCCAUGACGCUCCAAUCAGGUGCCAGGACAUCUUUAAAGCCUUACCUGACCAACGUGGAGCCAUCAGAGUGGUUCUGACCAACGGCGUCGCUGGCGCUGGGAAAACCUUCUCGGUUCAGAAGUUCUCUCUGGACUGGGCCGAGGGCUCGGAGAACCAAGACGUCACCGUGGUGAUUCUGCUCUCGUUCAGGGAGCUGCACCUGAUCGGAGAUGAGCAGCUCAGUCUUCUCAGGCUGAUCCAGGUUUUCCAUCCAUCGUUACAGAAGCUCACAGCAGAGCAGCUGGCUGCCGGGAAACCCUUGUUCAUCUUUGACGGCCUGGAUGAAAGCAGACGUUCCCUGGACUUCUACAACGGUCCGGUGGUGUCUGACGUCACACAGAGCUCAUCGGUCAACGUGCUGCUGACCAACCUCAUCCAGGGGAACCUGCUUCCCUCAGCUCUCAUCUGGAUCACUUCCAGACCUGCAGCAGCCAAUCAGAUCCCUCACAAACACGUGGACAGGGUGACAGAAGUACGAGGCUUCACCGACGGCCAGAAGGAGGAAUACUUCAGGAAGAGGUUCAGGGAGCGGUCCAGCAGCAUCGUCUCCCACAUGAAGACAUCCAGAACCCUCCACAUCAUGUGUCAACUCCCGGUCUUCUGCUGGAUCACUGCUACAGUUCUGGACCACAUGUUGACCACGGAGCAGAGAGGAGAGCUGCCCAAGACCCUGACUGACAUGUUCUCCCACUUCCUGCUGGUCCAGACCAAGAGGAAGAGGAACAAGUACCAGGAGGGACGUGAGACGAGUCCACAGGAGCUGACGGAGGCUGACAGGGACCUUCUCCUGAAGCUGGGGAGGCUGGCGUUGGAACAUCUGGAGAAAGGAAACAUCAUGUUCUACCAAGAAGACCUGGAGCAGUGUGGUCUUGAUGUCCCAGAGGCCUCGGUGUACUCAGGAGUUUGUACCCAGAUCUUCAGGAGAGAGUGUGAGGUCUUCCAGAAACCCGUCUACUGCUUUGUUCAUCUGAGCAUCCAGGAGUUCCUGGCUGCAGUCUACGUGUUCCACUGUUGGUCCACCAGAAACAUGGAUGUGCUGGAGAACUUCCUGGGAGGAAAGAGUUACUCAUCUCUGGAUAAGUUCCUGAAGAGAGUCAUGCAGAAAUCCCUGGAGAGUAAAAAUGGCCACCUGGACCUGUUUGUCCGCUUCCUUCAUGGUCUUUCUGUGGAGUCCAACCAGAGACUGUUAGGAGUUCUGCUGAACCAGACGGAGAACGAUCCAGAAACCAUCCAGAGAGUCAUCAACAACCUGAAGGAGAUGAACACUUAUGAAGACUCUCCUGACAGAAGCAUCAACAUCUUCCAGUGUCUGAUGGAGAUGAACGACCUCUCAGUUCAUCAGCAGAUCCAAGAGUUCCUGAAGUCAGAGAACAGAUCAGAGCAGGAACUCUCUGAGAUCCAGUGUUCAGCUCUGGCCUACAUGCUGCAGAUGUCGGAGGAGGUUCUGGAUGAGUUGGACCUGAGCAAGUACAAGACAAGACGGGGGGCUGGAUGGAGACUGAUUCCAGCUGUGAGGAACUGCAGAAAGGCUCGAUUUGUUUUUUGUCAGCUCUCAGAGACUCACUGUGAAGUUUUUGCGUCCGCUCUGAAGUCCAACCCCUCCCAUCUGACAGAACUGGACCUGAGUAAGAACCGGUACCUGCAGGAUUCAGGAGUGAAGGUUCUGUCUGGUGGACUGGAGAGUCCAAACUGUAGACUGGAGACUCUGAGGUUGGAGAACUGCAGUCUGUCAGAGAUCAGCUGUUCUUCUCUGGUCUCAGCUCUGAAGUCCAACCCCUCCCAUCUGAAACUUCUGGACCUGAGCUGGAACGAGAACCUGCAGGAUUCAGGAGUGAAACAUCUGAGGGGAUUUCUGGAGAGUCCAGACUGCAGACUGGAGACUCUGAGGUUGAAGUGGUGCGGUCUGUCAGAGAUCAGCUGUUCUUCUCUGGUCUCAGCUCUGAAGUCCAACCCCUCCCAUCUGGAACAUCUGGACCUGAGCUGGAACCAGAACCUGCAGGAUUCAGGAGUGAAACAUCUGUGUGGAUUUCUGGAGAGUCCAGACUGCAGACUGGAGACUCUGAGGUUGUGGAAGUGCAGUUUGUCAGGGAUCAGCUGUUCUUCUCUGGUCUCAGCUCUGAAGUCCAACCCCUCCCAUCUGAAACUUCUGGACCUGAGUAACAACCACCUCCAGGAUUCAGAUGUGAAGCAGCUUUCAGAUCUGGUGGAGAGUCCAGACUACCAGCUGCAGACUCUCAGGUGAUGAUGAUGAGAAUCCAGGACAGAUGAGUCGUGUCCUGAUCGUCCUCAGAGUUGAAGCAGAACCAGUUUGUGUGGACAGACUCUGACUGGACCGUAAUGAUGAAGAUGAUGAUGAAGGAGAUGUACAUAGUUUCUGUAUUACAGAGUUUUACAAACUUCUCAUAUAUUCAUUUAUUUCAUGUUAAGUCAAAAAGUCUUUAUUGUUAUUAUAUUAUUGUUAAAAAAAACUGUUCAUCAAAAUGUAGCCUUUAAUUUGAACUUGAGUUUCGUUCGACAUUGUUUCUCAAGCUCUUCGUCUAAAGUAGUACGGAGGAGGUUUCUACUACUAAUGUACUGACGGAUAAAUGUCUACGCUGCCGCGGCGGAGCUGCUCAGCAAAUCAGCCGUCUCCUCCACCGAGUCACAUGACUCCCCCGGAGUUUUCUUUUUAAUUACAUGUUUCCGUUUCAUUCCAAGUUUUCCUUAUGUUGUUGUCGUGUUUUCAGCUCAUCAGGUUUUUAAAGUUUCUCUCCGCGUCACUGAUGAAGAGAGAGACUGAAGAGAUCUGUGGAAAUAACGUUUGUCAUUGAAAUACGAAACACAAAUGAACUUGACUUGGUCAAUGAAUGUUCCUCAGUUUGUUCCAGUAAAUAUUGUAAAUGUUUUCUGGAUAUUACGAUGAUUGUUAACACUUCAAAGAAAGUCAAAAAUCUUCAGUAAAACUUGGAUCUUUUCUCUUGUUCAGUUUACUGUGGUUAAUAAGUGUUUGUCUGUGAUUAGUCUCAGUACCAGG